UCCGUGCCGUCGGGUCUUCAAGAUCGACACGGAAGCGACGAGGGAGGGGAUGAUGCGGUCGCUAUAAAUAUGCCCUCCUCCCUCUCGCUCUUGGUCAGUCGCUCGCUCGUCGGGUCGGUUUAAACCGUUUUGGAGAAAACCCAAGAGGAGGAGACCCAAAAGCAAGCUCAGCCCAACACUCAAAUUCUCUUUGCCUUCUCCCCCAGGGUAAAAAGACCCUUUGCUUUUGGGACCUGAAAAAUCUGCGGGAGGAGGAGGAGGAGGAAGAGGGGGGAGUUGCCAUAUCGGGAUAGAGGAUCGUGGGCGGUGGUCCUUGGUACUUCCCGGGAUUUGUGCAGAGGAGGGUUCUUGAGCAUCGAAGGGAUUUGGACCGAAAUUUUUUGAUCCUCCGAUCCUACUUCGUGUUCGUUCAAUCCGCUCGCACUCGAGUUGGCUUCGUCAGGUAGUAUACUUUGGAAUCGGGAUUCGUUGAGGACUAUGAAUCACCAUGCCAGAAACAAUAGAAGACCUAGGAUGCCUGCUCAGAGUGCCCGUCAAGAAUGGGUUCCCAGAGGGUCUGUACCAAAUGGUCCACCUGCAAACCCUCCGGCACCAGCCAACUUGAAUCCCAGUUUCGAUGAUGGAAAUUUUCCUUCUGAUAGUGGGCACGCAUCGAGUUUUCGUGCUUUUCCUCCCGAUAGUGGGCAUAGAGGGAACUUGCGCGGAAACAAUGGGUUUGCAAAUCACAGUUCUGGUCCCAGGGGUAAUCACGGUCCAAGAGGCCACCCUGCUCGACCUUUGAAUCAGAGAAGGGAGAAGGAAAAAGCCGAGUUCAGUGGAGAGAGAGUGUCCAAUGACCCGAAUUUGCCUCAGCUAGUGCAAGAAAUUCAGGAGAAGCUGAUGAAGGGUACCGUGGAGUGCAUGAUAUGCUACGACAUGGUCCGGAGGUCUGCACCCAUUUGGUCUUGCUCCAGCUGCUACUCCAUUUUUCAUCUCAAUUGCAUCAAGAAGUGGGCUCGGGCACCCACUUCAGUCGAUCUUUCUGCCGAGAAGAAUCAGGGUGGCAAUUGGCGUUGUCCUGGAUGUCAGCAUGUGCAACUGACGUCAUCAAAGGAGAUUCGAUACAUGUGCUUUUGCGGAAAAAGGACAGAUCCGCCGUCAGAUUUAUAUUUGACACCACAUUCAUGUGGAGAACCUUGUGGGAAGCCAUUGGAAAAGGACAUCUUGCAGCCUGGUGAGAAGGAGGAGGAUUUUUGCCCCCAUCUUUGUGUCUUGCAAUGUCAUCCUGGUCCAUGCCCUCCUUGCAAGGCAUUUGCCCCUCCACGGCUGUGCCCUUGUGGGAAGGAAACAAUUACAACUCGAUGCUCUGAUCGCAGGUCUGUUCUUACUUGUGGCAAGUGUUGCGAUAAGCUUCUCGAGUGCGGGCGUCAUCGCUGUAAGCAAAUUUGCCAUGUGGGUCCAUGUGAUCCUUGCCAAGUAUUAUUGAAUGCUUCAUGCUUCUGCAGAAAGAAUAUAGAGGUUGUUCUUUGCGGAGACAUGGCCAUGAAGGGAGAAGUUGACGUGGAAAGUGGAGUUUUUUCUUGCAAUUCAACUUGUGAAAAAUUGCUUAGUUGUGGUAAUCACAUGUGCGACAAAUUCUGCCAUCCGGGUCCUUGUGGGGAGUGCGACUUAUUGCCUGGCAGGAUUAAAACAUGCUAUUGUGGAAAAAUGAAUUUGAUGGAUGAAAGACAGAAUUGUCUGGACCCCAUUCCGACUUGCUCACAAGGUUGUGACAAGUUACUCCCUUGCGAGACACACUUUUGUGCGGAAAUGUGUCAUGCAGGGAUUUGUCCUCCUUGUCCGGAGAACGUUGCCCAAAAAUGUCGUUGUGGCUUGACUUCUCGUACUGUUGAAUGCCACAGAACGAGGGAGGAGAUAUUCACUUGUGAUAAACCAUGCGGACGGAAGAAAAACUGUGGUAGGCAUCGCUGUAGCGAGCGUUGCUGCCCUUUGUCAAAUUCUAGCAACCUUCCUCUUGGUGAUUGGGACCCUCAUCUGUGCUCCAUGGUUUGUGGCAAGAAGCUUAGAUGCGGGCAGCAUUCAUGUGAAUCACUUUGUCACAGUGGCCAUUGCCCUCCUUGCCUCGAAACGAUCUUCACUGAUUUAACUUGUGCAUGCGGUAGAACUUCGAUUCCUCCUCCUCUGCCUUGUGGCACUCCCCCACCUUCAUGUCAGCUCCCGUGCUUGAUUCCUCAACCUUGUGGGCAUUCAUCCACCCACAGCUGUCACUUUGGAGACUGCCCUCCCUGUUCAGUCCCAGUGGCAAAAGAGUGCAUUGGUGGACAUGUGGUUCUUAGGAACAUACCAUGUGGGUCCAAAGACAUCAGAUGUAACAAAACCUGUGGUAAGACCAGGCAGUGUGGUUUGCAUGCCUGUGGUCGGACUUGUCACCCACUACCUUGCGAUUCCGACAACUCCGCCAGUGAAACAAGUCUCAAAGUUUCAUGUGGACAGGUAUGUGGUGCUCCUAGAAGAGAUUGCAGACACACUUGCAAAGCACCUUGUCACCCUUCAGCUUCAUGUCCUGAUGCGAGAUGUGACUCCCCUGUCACAAUCACUUGUUCUUGUGGACGGAUAACAGCAAGUGUACCUUGUGAUGCCGGUGGGGCCAAUGGCAAUUUUAGCACCGACACCGUUUUUGAAGCUUCCAUAAUGCAAAAGUUGCCUGUGCCACUUCAACCCGUAGAAGCUACUGGGAAGAGAAUUCCACUUGGGCAGAGGAAGCUGGUGUGCGAUGAUGACUGUGCUAAAGUAGAGCGCAAGCGGGUUCUUGCAGAUGCUUUUGACAUCAAUCCACCAAAUUUGGAAACCCUUCAUUUUGGGGAGCAUUCUUACUUGUCAGAAUCAGUUGUGGAUCUCUUCAGGCGUGAUUCUAAGUGGGUGUUAGCUGUUGAGGAGAGAUGCAAGUUUUUAGUUCUUGGCAAGGGCAGAGGAAGUGCCACUAGCCUCAAAGUUCAUGUUUUCUGUCCAAUGCUGAAGGAAAAAAGAGAUGGAGUGAGGCUUAUUGCUGAGAGGUGGAAGCUUGUGGUCAGCGCAGCUGGUUGGGAGCCAAAACGUUUUGUUGUGCUCCACGCCACGUCGAAGUCUAAAGUACCAGCUCGUGUGCUCGGAGGUAGGGGCUCUUUAACCUCAAACGUGCCCCACCCACCCACAUUUGACCCGUUGGUUGACAUGGACCCUAGGCUUGUUGUUUCUUUCCUCGACUUGCCUAGGGAGGCAGAUAUAAGUGCUCUGGUCCUGAGAUUCGGUGGGGAAUGUGAGUUAGUCUGGUUGAAUGAUAAGAAUGCACUGGCUGUGUUCAGUGACCCCGCUCGUGCUGCAACUGCUUUGAGGAGGUUGGACCAUGGCACAGCUUAUUAUGGGGCUGUUGUGCUUCAGAACGGAAGUGCUGCAUCAUCAUUGACCAUGCCCAAUGCAUGGGGAGGAGCUGGUCCGGCCAAGGAAGGAGCUUCAAUUGGAGCUAUAAAGGGCAAUCCAUGGAAGAGGGCUGUCGUGCAGGAGGUUUCCGAUUGGAAGGAAGAUUCAUGGGGUGGUGAGGGGUGGUCUAUUGAUUCCCAGAGCUCCAUCUUGAAAGAGAAAGAAGCUCCUAUAUCUGCUUCUGUUAAUCGCUGGAGUGUCUUGGAUUCUGAAAACGCCACGAGCUCCUCUGCUCCUUUAGUCGGAAAGGAGAUCAAUUCGAUUAAAUUUGAAGAUCAGGUUGUGGUAGGACCAGAAUCGAAGGCUGGCGGGUCUAGUUCAGAAGGAACGCAAGGACUAGUUUCCAGUGGAGUGGAGGCCACCGAAGUAGUUGAUGACUGGGAGGAGGCUUGUGAAUGAGGUGUUAACAUUUCAGCUUUGUGGAUCAGGAGCACCUAUUGACUGGUCGACGUUCUUGAACCGCCUUUUUUUUUUGGCUUUGGAUUUUCAGGUAGAUCAACCUUUGGUAAUGGGGCUUCGACAGUUAUCGUUUUGAUAUAUAGACAAGAUAGAAGAAUGUUCUUUGCCAUUUUUUUUCCUGGAAAGGGACGUUCAUGCUUCCGCAAGUAAUAUUGUGUUGUAUCGAAGCGAGGAGUUGCUUCAGAUCUUGCCUCUUGAUUCUAUAGCUUUCUGUUUCCCUCAAUUUGUUCAAGCAUAUGAACACGUGUAGUUUGCAAAAUUAGUCCAGUAAUCACAAAGAUUUGCAACUC